AUGCAGAAGAAAAGAUUAUUACCCGGCAGAGCUUCUUUGGUCCUUAUUUUAUGCCAAGUACUUACAGCACUAGAAGUGCCACUUGAUCCACAACUUCUAGAGCAAUUACCACAGCCUCCAACUAUAACUCAUCAGUCACCAAAAAAUUACAUUGUGGAUCCAAGAGAGAAUAUUGUGAUUCAGUGUGAAGCCAAAGGAAAGCCCCCACCAAGCUUUUCUUGGACUCGCAAUGGCACCCUUUUUGACACAGAAAAAGAUCCAUUAGUAACAAUGAAACCAAACUCAGGAACCCUUGAAAUAAAUAUAUUAAAUGGUGGAAAAGCAGAAGCUUAUGAAGGGGAAUACCAAUGCACUGCCAAAAAUGACCGUGGAACAGCUGUAUCAAACAAUAUUGUUGUUCGUCAGUCCAACAUCUUUAUAAUCCUCAAAGCCAUCUUGUUAGAAGGAUCCCCUCUCUGGACAAAAGAGAAAAUUGAACCAAUUGUGAUGCAACAGGGUAUGCCCCUGGUUUUACCAUGCAAACCCCCAAGAGGUUUACCACCCCCUGUUGUAUUCUGGAUGGAUAACUUUUUCCAGCGACUACCUCAGAAUGGAAGGGUUUCACAAGGUCUGAAUGGUGAUCUUUAUUUUUCCAAUGUUCAGCCAGAGGAUUCACGGGAUUUUUACAUCUGCUAUGCAAGAUUUAACCUAACUCAGACUAUCCACCAGAAGCAACCUAUUUCUUUAAAGGUUUUGGCAAACAGCCCUGCAGAUAACAGAAGUCCAUCACUUUUGGUUCCUUCUGGCCAAACAAGUAACAGAACUGUGCUCAGGGGAGAAGUGCUGCUGCUGGAAUGUAUUUCUGAAGGACUACCUACACCAGAAAUUCGUUGGAAUAAAGAAGGAGCCGAAUUGCCCAGCGACAGAGUGUUCUACGAAAACUUUAAUAAAACUUUGAAGAUAGUAGAUGUGUCAGAAGCUGAUGCUGGAAAGUACAGAUGUACGGCUCACAAUAUUAGGGGCUCAGGUCACCAUAUCAUAACAGUAAUUGUCAAAGCUGCACCUUACUGGAUCACUGAACCUAGGAAUCUUGUAUUGUCUCCAGGAGAAGAUGGCACAUUGCUUUGUAGAGCUAAUGGAAAUCCUCCUCCCGCUAUUACAUGGCUAAUAAACGGAGUGGCAAUUGAUUUGGCUCCUCAUGAUCCAAGCAGAAGAGUAGAAGGUGAUACAGUGAUGUUUACAAAGGUGCAAGAACGAGCUAGCGCAGUCUACCAGUGUAAUGUUUCUAAUAUAUAUGGCUACCAGUUGGCAAAUGCAUUUGUAAAUGUUCUAGCUGAGAAGCCGCGGAUCCUUUCAUCACAGAAGGUUUAUCAAGUCAUUGCUAAUAAAGCUGCCUUUCUUGACUGCCCCUUUUUUGGGUCACCUAUUCCUCAUAUAGAAUGGUUCAAAGGCAUGCAAGCCAGUGUUCUGUAUGGUAACGGGUAUAUUUUCCAUGAUAAUGGGACACUAGAAGUGCCUGUUGCCCAGAAAGACAGCAGUGGGACCUACACAUGUGUAGCCAGAAAUAAAUUAGGAACAGACCAAAAACUGUCGAGCUUGAAGUCAAAGAUCCAACAAUGAUUAUCUCUCAGCCAGAAUACAAAGUGAUUCAGAGAUAUGGUAGUGCAUUCUUUGAAUGCAAAGUUAAGCACGAUCCUACUCUAGUAGCAGAAGUGCUGUGGCUGAAAGACAACAGUGACCUGCCCAUUGAUGAAAGAUUCCUUAUUGAAAAGGAGCGUCUGACUAUCAAGAACAUAACAGACAAGGAUAAAGGCACUUACACUUGUGUAGUAAACACUACCUUGGACAGCGCCUCAGCCAGUGCAGUGCUCACAGUUGUUGAAGCUACUCUGCCACCACCUGUAAAGAACGAUCGGCCAGAGGCACCUUCUGAUUUGGAAUUGACUGAUCCUCUUGAAAGGAGUGUGCAGCUCUCAUGGGUGCUAGGAGAUGAUAAUAACAGUCCUAUUACCGAAUUUAUCAUUGAAUAUGAAGAUGGCAUGCGUGAACCAGGCAUCUGGCACCUCCAGACCAUAGUUAGUGGUACACAGACUACAGCAUCUCUGACUCUUUCUCCAUAUGUUAACUACUCCUUCCGAGUUAUUGCUGUUAAUGAAAUUGGCAGAAGUGACCCCAGUGUAUCUUCUGAACGCUAUAUGACAAAGGCAGCAGAGCCUGAUACAAACCCUUCUGGUAUUAAAGGAGUCGGUACAGAGCCAGAUAAUUUGGUAAUCACAUGGAAUCCUUUAGGAGGUUUUGACUCCAAUGGACCUGGUCUGCAGUACAAAGUCAGCUGGAGACAGAAAGAUUUUGAUGAAGAAUGGACAUCUGUCACAGUUGCAAAUGUUUCCAAAUACAUAGUGUCUGGCACACCUACCUUUGUUCCUUAUGAAAUAAAGGUUCAAGCAUUAAAUGACCUUGGCUAUGCCCCUGAGCCAGCUGUUGUAAUAGGACAUUCUGGAGAAGAUCUUCCCAUGGUUGCUCCUGGUAAUGUUGAAGUAGAAGUUAUUAAUGCCACUUUAGCAAAAGUUCAAUGGGACUCAGUUCCUCUGACAUCAGUCAGGGGUCACUUGCAGGGAUACCGGGUAUACUACUGGAAAGCACUAAACCGAACAAACAGAAAUAGAAGACAUAUUGAAAAAUGGAUGCUAACAUUUGCUGGAAACAGGACCCAUGGGAUGCUUCCUGGAUUACAGCCUGACACCAACUACAUCCUUAAUGUGAGAGUUGUCAAUGGAAAAGGGGAAGGCCCAUCCAGCAAGGAUAAAUACUUUGAGACACCUGAAGGAGUUCCUAGUAUGGCAGUUUUACAAAUUCAUCAUCGAACUUCUGAUUCACUGACUUUGACGUGGAGUCCACCGCUCCAUCCAAAUGGAGUCCUGACACAAUACACUCUGAAGUAUCAGUCAAUAAAUGCUACACAUGAACUAGGCCCACCAGUUGAAAUUAUAAUACCAGCAAAUGAAUCAAGUUAUAUUCUUAAAAAUUUAAACCAGAACACGAGGUACAAGUUUUACUUUUAUGCACACACUGCUGUGGGACCUGGGAUCCAAAGUACACAAGAAGCAAUAACUGCUAUGGAUGAAGUCAUGGCAAGUCGGCAUGUUGACAUUGCAACACAGGGAUGGUUUAUUGGCCUCAUGUGUGCGGUAGCUCUCCUGAUAUUAGUUUUAUUGAUUGUUUGUUUCAUCCGGAGAAACAAAGGAGGAAAGUACCCAGUUAAAGAAAAAGAAGAUGCUCAUGCAGAUCCUGAAAUCCAGCCUAUGAAAGAAGAUGAUGGAACAUUCGGUGAAUACAGCGAUGCUGAAGACCACAAACCUCUUAAAAAAGGAAGCCGAACUCCCUCAGAUAGAACGGUGAAAAAAGAAGACAGUGAUGACAGUUUAGUUGACUAUGGGGAAGGAGUAAAUGGCCAGUUUAAUGAAGAUGGUUCCUUUAUAGGACAAUACAGUGGUAAAAAAGAAAAAGAGCCCGUAGAAGGCAAUGAAAGUUCAGAAGCUCCAUCUCCGGUGAAUGCUAUGAACUCCUUUGUGUAG